GGCGCGAGCCGGAGUAGGGCUACGGGCCGCCGCCGACUUAGUGUGUCCGCCUCUAGGUGGGGAAGAUGCAGGGCAACAAGGGCUUCAACAUGGAGAAGCAGAACCACACUCCACGGAAACAGCACCAGCAGCACCCGCCGCCGUCCAUCCCCGCCAACGGGCAGCAGGCCAACAGCCAGAAUGAAGGCCUGACUAUUGACCUGAAGAAUUUCCGUAAACCUGGCGAAAAGACCUUCACCCAAAGGAGCCGUCUGUUUGUGGGGAAUCUGCCUCCAGAUAUUACAGAGGAGGAGAUGAGAAAGUUAUUUGAGAAGUAUGGCAAGGCAGGUGAAGUCUUCAUACACAAGGAUAAAGGCUUUGGCUUUAUCAGACUGGAAACUCGCACUCUGGCAGAGAUUGCAAAGGUGGAACUAGACAACAUGCCUCUACGUGGGAAGCAGCUGAGAGUGCGUUUUGCAUGCCACAGCGCAUCGUUGACAGUCAGGAACCUGCCUCAGUUUGUGUCCAAUGAGCUCCUGGAAGAAGCCUUCUCGGUGUUUGGCCAGGUGGAAAGGGCUGUGGUUAUUGUGGAUGAUAGAGGACGAUCCUCUGGGAAAGGCAUUGUGGAGUUCUCAGGAAAACCUGCUGCUCGGAAAGCCCUGGAUAGGUGUAGUGAUGGGUCUUUCCUGCUAACUACAUUCCCCCGCCCUGUCACUGUGGAGCCCAUGGAUCAGUAUGAUGAUGAAGAGGGACUACCAGAGAAACUAGUCAUCAAAAACCAGCAAUAUCACAAGGAGCGUGAGCAGCCUCCUCGAUUUGCACAGCCUGGCAGCUUUGAGUAUGAAUAUGCCAUGCGUUGGAAGGCUCUAAUAGAAAUGGAGAAGCAGCAGCAAGAACAAGUAGACCGCAACAUCAAGGAAGCUCGAGAGAAGCUGGAAAUGGAAAUGGAAGCAGCUCGCCAUGAGCACCAAGUUAUGCUCAUGCGGCAAGAUUUAAUGAGACGCCAGGAAGAGCUGAGGAGAAUGGAGGAAUUGCAUAAUCAAGAAGUACAAAAACGUAAACAGUUAGAACUCAGGCAGGAGGAAGAACGCAGGCGUCGCGAGGAGGAAAUGAGAAGACAGCAAGAAGAGAUGAUGAGACGCCAGCAGGAAGGCUUUAAAGGGAAUUUUGCUGAUGCGAGGGAGCCACCAGACAUGCGAAUGGGACAGAUGGGUAUGGGAGGUACCAUUGGUAUGAACAAUAGAGGAGCUAUGGGUGGUACCAAUGUUCCAGCUGCUGCACCUCCAGCAACUGGUCCUGGAGCUAUGAUACCUGAUGGAGCCAUGGGAAUGACUCCACCACCCCCUGCAGAUCGCUUUGGCCAGGGCAGCGCAAUGGAAGGCCUCGGAGCAAUGGGAGGGAACCCACCUGCCUUCAACAGAGGAAAUCCAGGGGGUGAUUUUGGCCCUAACAAGCGUCGCAGAUACUAACAGGAUUAAAGCUACCCCCUGCACACACCCCAAAGAGGAAAGGAAUCUUGGCAGACCAUACAGGGUUCAGCUAGGGGGAGGAGGAAUAUUAAAAAUAGUUAAUUAGGGCCUUUUUUUGUAAAGCUACUUUAGGACAAGGAGAGUGCAGCCUGACUGGUAAAGGUUUUAGAAAAUUUAAUGUGGUGCAUUCCUAUAAUUUCAGUAUGAAAAAUGGAUUCUGGGAGGCUGCCAUGGUUGUUCAGUAAAGUUAAAAUCAGGCAAGGAUCCUAAUGCCUCGACCAUUCCAGGUUUCCUAUUUGCAGUUGGAGGCCUGAAACUAAACUAGAUAAAAUUGCAGUAUGUCUUGGCAUUUUUUUUGGCAUAGUGUACAUUGCUUGAGAGCACAGGGAAGUCUCUGGAGAACUAGGGCAGCAUCUGGGGGGCUUUGCAGCCCCCACGAUUCUGUAAAUUUAUGUAGUUCCAAAUGAUCUGUCAUGUAGUGAAUCAGGGGAAUUUUUAUGUUAAUUUUUUUUUUUUCCUUCUAACGUGUAGUUAUUCUUCUUAUCUGGACCACUUGUUUCUUUAAAGUAGUUGACUGCCAUGUGCAGUCUGAAUGGCUGGGAGGCUUUUGUUUGGAUGGAUUUUUUGAUAACGUGUUGUAUCACUGUUUAUUUUUACUGGUAGUAAAGUACAAUCUAUUGGACAAAGAUACUGUAUCUUAUGCUGAGGAUUUAACUGAAACAUGUUUGUAUAACCUUAACCUUGCCUGUCUUUUGUGUAGAAGUACUACAAGAUCUUUCAUUUAGUGUAAACUGUUUGAACCCAAGCUGUAAUUGUCCCACUAACAAUUUUGAGUUUGUCUGAGGAAUGUUGCAAGAAUGCAUUAUUAAAGUGGAUUUUAAGCCUUUUUUA